AUGCAGCUCUUCUUCGGCUGGCUCGCCUGGCUCCUUACCGUGUUAGGCGGCUACCUCGCCGUGCUUGGCGCGGUCCUCUGCCUAAGCUGCGGCCUCUACUACGCCGCCGAGCUCGCGGAGGAGUACUCCGUUUUGACGGGAAAGCUGCUCCGGUACGCGACGCAGGGCGUCGUGGCGGGCCACCUCCUCCUGUGCCUCGAUGGCUUCCCCUUCGGACGGUGCGUCACUGGAAUUUUAUGUCAUGGCGCCUACGCGUGGCUGUUGAACGACUACCCGCGGUUGGAGCUGUCGAGCCCGGCCUUUAUACUCGCCAUAUUAGCCUUCCUGCUCUCGCAUUAUAGUUGGUUCACGUUCCUCGCGAGCGGCGAGGGGCCCUUCCUGCCCUUCGUGAACUCGCUGGGCUUCUUCGCGGUCUUCGUCUGGCUCGUGCCCUUCUCGCUGUUCGUUUCCCUCUCAAUCAACGACAACGAGCUGCCGCUGGGCGCGCCGCAGGCGCCGCGGUCGUCGUCGGCGUUCCGGGCGCUCUGCGAUAUGGUAAGGGGCGCCUACGGGAGGACCGUCGCACCCGCGGUUCAGCGCGGCUUUCACGAAUCGCACGGUAAGAGGUAUUGA